AUGCAAUAUAUAUUGAAAGCACUCCUGUGCAUACUCACGGUUAUUGCCGUCGUAAGCAGUUGCAGCAACGGAUUUCUGAUCCCUCGGGCGGCCAGAGACGCAGCGGUGCGGGAGGACGGCGCACCACGGCAAGCUGCUUUCGCUGGAUAUCGCUGGCUCCCCGAAGAGGAGCACAGUCUUCAGCACCUGGUGGAACGUGGACAGGUCUAUGUCACGCAGUCGAAACCCCAAGCCACAAAGACUGUCGAGCCUUUGGUAACACCGAAGGCCACCGCGCUAGCAAUAGCUACAAAAAAGGCAACGAAGAAACCAGAAAAAGUGCAGAAGGUCAAGAAAACAGUCGUCGUGACAGCUCCCCCGAAAGUCAUUGUCAAGCCGACCGAGGUCGUCGUGACAGUUACAGCGGUUGCUACGGUCACGAAGACACCGACGCCGACUCCCGUGCAUGUCACAGUGACGGCUCUCGCAACUGAGGCUGUUACGGUGACCGCGUCCGUAGCAGUCGCAGCAGUAUCAGUGACGCAAACACCCAUACCGCAAAAAGUUAUCUGCCGUUUUUGGAUGAAAAAUUGUAAUAUUCAGGAAAUCAAUCGGCAGAUAUGCUUCACGGGCGAGAACAUUGACCAGUUUACGUGUGAACAGAUUGGUUGCUGCUGGCAACCUAUCAAGUCGCAGAAGGCGCCCACGUGCUAUCGAGCGAUCUGGGCUCCGGUCUGCAAUCUCCAAUGUAACUUUCAGGCCUAUCUUACCGGCGGCCAGGGCGUCUCUGAGACGCCGCUCGUUAAAGCAACGAGCGCGAAGACGGACUCCACGAGCGAUGCGCCGUCUGGCAGCUCGAAUACAACCCAGACCAGCCAGUUGAGCAGUGGGAACGUGUUUUCUGGACUGCAGAAUGCACUCAGCGGUCUUCCAUCGUCAUAG